CAAUGUUUUUAAUAUUAGUGUGUUCAAAAUCGUGUGUUACAGACAGACAUGGCGCCACAAAUUAAAUAUACAAAGCUGUUCAUCGACAACCAGUGGGUGGACGCCGUCAGUGGAAAAACCUUCGAAACUUACAACCCUCAUGAUGGCUCCGUUAUCGCUAAAGUAUCUGAGGGUGGUGAGGCGGAUAUAAAUUUAGCGGUAGCAGCAGCGAAGCGUGCCUUCCAACGCAACUCUGAAUGGCGUCUCCUGGAUGCAUCCCAAAGAGGUUAUUUACUCUACAAAUUCGCUGAUCUGGUGGAAAGGGACUUCGAGUACCUCGCUGAACUUGAGAGCUACAACAAUGGGAUGGUGGUUAGCUUGUCAAAAGGAUUCAAUCGGCACGGUAUCGAUUAUAUUCGAUACUUGGCCAGUUUGGCUGACAAAGUUCAAGGAGAUACCAUUCCUCUUAGUGGUGAUGUUUUUUCAUACACGUUGAAGCAACCUGUGGGCGUGUGCGGACUCAUCCUGCCGUGGAAUGGACCGAUCAUGAUGUUUAUCCACAAAGUAGUAACUGCUCUCGCCGCCGGUUGCACGGUGGUUGUGAAGCCAGCAGAGCAGACGCCGCUGACAGCGCUGGCUCUGGCCGCGUUGCUGCAGGAGGCGGGCGUGCCGGCUGGCGUUGUCAACGUCGUCAACGGUUUCGGCGUUGGUGCUGGCACCACACUUACCCACCACCCCGACGUCGCCAAGAUCUCAUUCACUGGAUCACUUGAAGUUGGAAAACUCAUUCAAAAAUGUUUUCUCCUAUUUCCAGUAAAUACUGCAAUACCAGUUGCGGCCAACGGCAUCUUUGCCCACCAAGGGCAAGUGUGCGUGGCAGCCUCUCGUCUUUACGUGCAGUCAGGUAUCUACGACAAAUUCGUACAGGGAUGCGUCGCAUUCGCAAAGAAACGUGUUGUCGGAAACCCAUCAGAUCCUGCGACAGAACAAGGACCGCAAAUAGAUCAGGAUAUGCUGGAUAAAAUUUUAGGAUACGUCGAGAAGGGCAAGAAGGAGGGAGCAAAGCUGCUGACUGGAGGCAAGCGCAUUGGUACCUCAGGCUACUACAUUGAGCCCACAGUCUUUGCUGACGUCACUGACGAUAUGACCAUCGCUAAAGAAGAGAUCUUCGGGCCGGUGCAGAGCAUUAUCAAGUUCGAUAGAUUGGAUGAGGUUAUCGACAGAGCGAAUGCCACGAACUACGGCCUCGCGGCGGGCAUCUUUACAAACAACCUAAAUAACGCGCUGCAGUACACCAAGCAUGUAGAGGCAGGGAAUGUGUGGGUAAACACGUACUUGAUGUCCGGCCCACAAGGGCCUUUUGGUGGCUUCAAAGAUUCUGGUCUCGGAAGGGAAAAUGGCAUCAACGCAUUGGAAGCUUAUUUAGAAGUAAAGACCGUCACCAUUAGCCUGCCAAAGAAGUUCUAAUUUUAGCUAUUUAUUUAUUAAAAUUUGAUUCCUAAUAAAUUGAAAUAAGUUAAUUAUCAA